AUGAUUCUUUUCAAGACUGGUAGAGGAGGAUUUGGCUCCAUAUAUAGAGCAUUUUCAGAAGAUGCUGAAAAAAUUGUAGCUUUAAAAACCAUUCAUCACGAUUCCUCUAGUGUUAAUGUGAAUGAAUUUAUUAAAGAAGUUAGAAAUAUUAUUAGAUUUGCUCAUCAUGAUAAUAUAAUACGGUUCUUUGGGGUAACUCAAGAUAUAGCUGACACAACACAAAUAUCACUUAUUAAUGGUGAUCCAAAUUUACGUCCUAGCAUAGCUGAGAUUCGUCAUAAAUUAAAUAAUAUAAAAAUGAAUCCAAUUUAUUAUGAUCAAAAUAUAUUUCCGAGUGAACAAGAACUAGAACAAGCUAUUGUUCCAAAUGUGCAAGAUAUUUCGAAUGAACAAUAUAUGAUUUCAAGUGGAAAAGAUAUGAUUUUGAGUAAUGUUGGUAACAGCAAUUAUACUGGAACUGGUACCUCUGCACAAUCUACUGUGAGUUUUAUGAAACAUAGGCUGCAACCAGAAAAUUUGAUACAACAACCUACUGAAGAUGGUAAUGAAUUUACUUCUGGGAAUGAACAAAAACAUGAACAGGCAGGCGUAUUUAAAACUAAUACUGUAUUAGCAUAUGACGAGAACUUGCAGCUUGUAGCCUGGGGUUACCCAGCCCUCAUCCAAAAAUCUCCAAAGAAAAAAAAAGCAUUGACCAGUCCUCAGCCUAAACCAGUAGAAUUAUUCACGUUUCACCUCUUCAAUAUAAAGGAGGAAGAUAAACCACCACUUCCACCAGGCUUAGAUGUAAAAAGAGUCAUUACCGAUUACUUACAUGAAAUGAAUAAACUCAUUUUAGAAACGUUAAAUAGUCGAUGGCCAGGCAUACGAUAUCCUCAACAAGUUCGUUUUGUACUGCCUAUACCUGCUGAAUGGUUAGCAAUAUUCAUAAUUGAUUUAGCCGAUGUAUUGUGUAUGUACAAUGCUGGUUGCUUGGAACAUAUGCAAUCUGAAAAUAUAGUGUUUAUAACUCAACCCGAAGCUGCCGCAAUUUAUUGCUUGAAAAAUUUAAACGUGCAUCAUUUAUCAGUUGGGUCGUCAUUUUUAAUAGUUGAUUGCGGAGGCGGAACUGUGAAUCUUACAACUAUGACUUUAUUACCCGGCAUGAAAAGUGGAGAAAUUACUGCACGUAGUGGUGAUCUAUGUGGUGGUUCUUAUGUUGACCGUGAAUUCCUUAAAUUCCUUGGUCGAAAACUAGGGUUUGCAGCAAUGAAAAAACUAAAAGAAAAUUACUAUGAACAAAUGCGAUAUUUGGUUCAAGAGUUUUGUUUGAGAGUAAAAUUUUCAUUUAAUGGAAAUUCUAACGAAUACUCACCAAAGGAAUUAGAUAUUGAACGUAUAUGCCCAGCAUUGAUGCAGUAUGUUACCGGUCAGGCCAGAGACCAAAUAGAAGAGGCUGAUUGGAUAAUCGAUUUAGACUUUCAAACGGUGAAAGAUAUGUUUGAUCCUGUUGUUAAAAAGAUUAUCGAUUUAAUUCAAAGGCAAUGUGCGUCGACAGAACUUAAAUGCGCAGCCAUGUUUUUAGUGGGUGGACUUAGCGAAAAUCUUUACUUGCAAACUCAAAUUCGACGACAUUUUGCGACAAAAAUUCCAAUUAUUGCUGUUCCUAAACAUCCCAUAGCAGCUAUUGAACGAGGUGCUUUAGAAUAUGGUCUAAAUUUAAUUGUUUUAAAAUACUGUUACGGGGUAGAGGUAACUGCAAAAUGGGAAAAGCAUGAUCCACCAGAACGUCGUACACCUUCAGGAUGUGUAUUCCGAUUUCAUCGAUUGGCAUUGAAAGGUACUGAAGUUGCUGUCGAUCAAAAAAUCUACUAUACAUACACAGCAGAUCAGAAUCAGACCGAUGUGACUUUUAAUCUAUUCAUUACGCCGGAUAAUUACGCGAGGUAUUAUGACGAGGAUGGAAUGAAUUGGCUGGGAAAAUUGAAAAUUGAUUUAUCAGAACAAAAAAAAAUCAAAGGGUUUUAG